AAACCGUCAAGAAGAGGGGCGUAUAAAUAAUUCUGAUCUCAGUGCGGUUUGACUAGUUUAACCAGAACUUUGUUGGAUCAGGAUCGACGCUGCCGCACGCAGCAACCCGAGUCCCGACAAACACGUAUUCUUCUCUUUUUCAAAAGUUCUCCAACUUAUCAUCCGUCCACUCACAUAGUAAUAAAAAUGAGUAAGAUCCUCACAAUGCUAGCAGUGGUCAUGAUCGGAUGCUUCAUGGAGUCGAUCUGCGUGAUUCAAGGAGUCAGAGAUAUCGGAUUUUUGAGUCACGUACAUCGCAUGAGGAGUUUUCCUUGUCGCAAGCCACAACUGCGAUCGAUUCCUGUACAAGAACUGCUGCAGCGACCAGGUUCCGAUGAACUUUUCUACCCAUCUUCGACCGUCUUGGCGAGGUGCGACAGGCACUCAGGCUGCUGCCUGGAAAAUCAAGUAUGCGCAAUCGCAGAGCAGGAGGAUGUUGAAUUAGUAUUCAUCGUUAACCAUGUGCUCGACAGACAAAGGGCGAAACACCACGAAGUGAUCACAGCUAAAAAUCAUACCAGGUGCCAUUGUGUACUUGGAAGAUAAUGUGCGACUAAUAACUUACAGUUAGAAAAUUUGUCCAACAAUUCAAUUGUAAAAUAAUUUUCAAACUGUUUUGACAAAUAAGACUGAAUUUAUACUUUUUUUAUACUUUGAUAUCAAAGAAAAUUUUCCUUAGUAUAA